CAGCGGCCGGUCGCCAUGGCGACACCAAUCGCCAGCCCCGCCUGCCGCGCGGACGCCGGCCCCGCCCCCGCCAACCCGGGAGGCGGCGCAGCGGGCCUGGAGCCCGGGUCGCCGGCCAUGCCUCGCCGCUGGCGGCGCGCGGUCGGGCUCAGCUUCCUGCUCCUCCUGCUGCUCGCGGGCGCGCCGGGGUGUCGGGGCGCCGAGAGGCUGUGGGAGGGGGCUGACGAGCCGGGCCCGGCCUGGGGCUGGCCGGGCCUCCAACGCGUGCGGGAGCAGCUGCGGGCAGCCGGCGCCCUGUCCAGGAGGUACUGGGCUCUCUUGAGCUGCCAGGUGUGGCCCGACGACUGUGAGGCGGAUGGCGAGGCUGCGGCGGGCCGCCUGGGCCAGACCCUUAUCCAGUUGGGCCAGAGGUCCCUGGAUGCCCUGACCACGUGGUACUGCAGCUUCCGGGACUGCUGCAAUGGUGGCGACUGCAGGAUCUCCAACGACUUUUCAGGCCUAGAUUCGGACCUGAGCGUGCGACUGCACGGCCAGCAUCUGGCCCGAGAGCUGGUCUUCAGGACAGUGAGAGGCUACUUAGAGAUGCCCCAACCAGACAAGGCCCUAGCACUCUCCUUCCACGGCUGGUCUGGCACGGGCAAGAACUUCGUGGCGCGAAUGGUGGCUGAGAACCUGUAUCGGGAUGGGCUGAAGAGUGACUGUGUCAAGGUGUUCAUCACCACGAUCCAUUUUCCACACUCGAAGUACGUGGACCUGUACAAGGAGCUGCUGACAGACCAAAUCAAGCAGGUGCAGCAGCGCUGCCACCAGAGUCUGUUCAUCUUUGAUGAGGCCGAGAAGCUGCACCCAGAGCUGCUGGAGCUCCUUGGGCCACACUUGGAACGCCAGGCUCUCGAGGGCCACAGGACCAAGUCUCCAAGAGCCAUCUUUCUUUUUCUCAGUAACCUUGGAGGCAAUGUCAUCAACAAGGUGGUCCUGAAUUUGCUUAAGGCAGGAUGGGCCCGGGAAGAAAUUUCAAUGGAACACUUGCAGGCCCACCUCCAGGCUGAAAUUAAGGAGUCCACAGAGAGUGGCUUUGGCCACAGCCGUCUGGUGAAGGACAACCUGAUUGACUUCUUUGUCCCCUUCCUGCCACUGGAGUACCGUCACGUGAGGCUGUGCGCACGUGAUGCUUUCCAGAGCCAAGAGCUCCUCUACACAGAAGAGACCCUGGACGAAGUUGCCAAGAUGAUGACCUACGUUCCCAAGGAGGAAAAACUCUUCUCUUCCCAGGGGUGCAAAUCUGUUUCCCAGAGAAUUAACUACUUCCUGCCUUGAAGGCUCCGUGAGACUUCUGAAGAUACCUUGCUGCACUAACAAAACUCCGGGACCUGCCAGGUCACUGGUGGGCAUCCAACAAUGGCUGACACACAACUUGUCAAGGACAGGCUUACAUCGGAACCAGAAUCAAUUCUUAAAAUCAUUUAGUGCCUUAAAGACCUACACUCCAAAUGAGAGGCCAGGAAGCUGGAAAGGCCAGAGGGAGAUCAGCAAUUUCCAAGGGCUGGCUCAGCCCUGCGAUGGUCUCGCUGGCACUGGAGCACUUAACUGGCUAUCUUGGGUUUUGUGCUUCCAAGGCUGUUGGAUUCUUGGUUUAGAGAAGACAGAAGAAAAGUUCUGUGGCCCUGUGCAGGGGAGUAUAACCUGAGUUUGCUGGUUCUCAAGUUCCUACUCUCAAAGCAGAGCAGUUUCAGUUUGUGAGUGGAUCACGGAUCAGCAGGGUAUUAGGCUAACGGGAAAAGUGGUGUUCUGAUCAUGUGGGUGGUGUUCUGAUCUGCAGAUUGAAUUUUUUUAAAUUGGGGGCUUGACAUAAAUGAUUAUGUCAUAUGUAAAAAGAUUAAAAUUUUGUAUUUUUAAAACA